GCAUUACGAUGCUGUGGGUAGAAGGCUCGGCUAAUCACUUGCAGAAGGACAGCCUCCUGCGGUUCGCUGGGCUGGCGAAGGAGAAGCUCAACGUCUAUCCUUUCGUGCCGAGGAAAACACUUGCGGUAGAUCAUGGCUGUGGAUGAAGUGCGCGUAGUUCGCCCCUUUAAGUUGAUCGCCCUGAUUUGUGUCUUUGUCGCGUUGAGCCUGGACGUGGUCUCUUUGCUGAGUCCAGCCUGGGUCACUGCCCAGCGGUCCUCGCUUUCGCUCUGGGAUGACUGCAAACAAACCAUGGCUGGAUGGUACUGCGAGUCUGUACUCCACACAGACUGGCAGAUCGCUACACUGGUGCUACUACUUGCUGGAGGAUCAAUCACUCUCAUUGCAUUUCUCUUUGCUGUGAUCUCACUUUGCAAUGGUGCUCACAAACACUGUCACAGAACAAUAUCUGUUAUGCUGUUCAUUUCAGUUGUUUUGCAGGUUUGUGCCCUGGCUUUGUAUCCUAUCAAGUUCAUUGAUGCCAACACACUGAGGACAUACCAUGAGUUCAACUGGGGCUAUGGCAUUGCCUGGGGUGGGACCAUCUUUAUGCUUGGAGCAGCUAUACUCUAUUGUCUGAAUACAGACACCUAUGAGGAAGAGUAUUAUUAGCUUCUGUACUUACUGACCUUAUGAACCUUAAGAUUUAAUGGCAAGAUGAGGUUUUGCUGCUCAAAGACAGUUAGAAAACAUGAAUUUGAGAAUAAGUAUUGAACAAGAUCACAAUGGACAGCAGACAUUCCAGAAACAAAUUCUUCAUAAAGUGCAGCUUUUAGCAAAGACGUAAGGUUCAAGUAAAAAGAGAAAGCUUCAGUCAUGAGAAAUGACUCCUAAUGGUCUUGUGCAACCUUUAUACAGUUUGCUUUUGGGUUCAGUUAAUUCCAAGAAGAAAUGAUUGUCUUUUAUUAUGCACAUAUUGUAUCUCGCUGAAACAUUAUUCUAAUUGGACAAUGAUUGCUUAAUGUUAGUAAAUGCACUAUUCCAGAAAUUGGCAAUUAAUUUCUGUGUUUUCAGCAUUGUUUUGACCUUUGUUUUACUACUUCAUCUAAUUCUCUUAUUCCUAAUAAAUACAAGUUCUAUUCUUUA